CACUGGUGCAGACAACGCACCAGGAAAAUAUGCACAUGGAAUGGGUCAAAGCUUAAAACGAUCAAAAGGCUUAUUAGCAAACACGCAGAAAUGGGAGGUUGUUUCUCUUGCAGAGCAUCCCCUACCUUCAACAGUGUCCGUGUGGUUCAUCUCAAUGGCUUUGUGGAGUACUUUGAAGGACCCAUUUCAGUAAGCCAAGUCACUGGUGGAGGUGGUAAUCCCUCAAAGCACUUUGUCUGUACUGCUCUUCAACUUCUUUCUCCUUCCUCAAAGCCAUUGAACAAAGACACACUCCUCCAACCUGGUCAAGUCUACUUCAUGCUUCCAUUCUCAAUUCUGCAAUCUGACGCUUAUUCUCCUGUGGACAUGGCUUCUCUUGCAAAGAGGCUCACAGCAAAGGCCAAAAUCAAGCCAUGUAGAGAUAAGUCCCUAAAGGGUAGUACUAGUGAUUCAUCAAUUGGUUGGAGUUCACCUUCCAGGUGUCCUGGUAGGGUUGGUGUUGCAGAUCAGAUUGGUGUGGGCUAUGGAGGAGGACGAGGCCCUUGUAGAGUGAGGCCAUGGAAACCUAUCUUGGACACUAUCAGAGAGAAGUCCUUCAAUAGGAGAGAGUCUGAUUUACAGGAAAAUAACUGAUGUUUUCAAGAGCUUGGGUAUGAGAGCUUUACAGAGUCGUUUUCAUCAUGAUGAUUUUAGGCUAAUGUCAUGUUAGAACUUAGAAUCAAGUGAAGUGAAAUUUGUGAGAGCUAGGCUACGUUGGAGUGAUAUUUUGUGUAACUUGUAGAAAUUUAUGGGGCAGAAUGUCACUAAUAGUGUCCUGUUUCUGAGGUCUGUAAAUUCUGUU